CCUUCAAAUCCUUUAAUCGGAGAGAAAGUCAGAGAGGAAACGCGCGGGAAGCACGAGGGACCUGCACGAGAGACCUGCACGAGGGGAGUCAGUGCAGGAGAAAACAUGAAGACGAGCCAGUGGCGCAAACUCGGAGCCUGGGAAAUGAGUCCUUCACACAGCACAAGCCUGGCACUCGCCCUUCUGCUCAUCUCAGCCGUCACACCCUGCACAGGUGCAGCAGUGUUCUUAGAUCCAUCCACUACAGAGAAUGACAAACUACUAAACCAGAUAGAUAACGCAUGCUCAUCCCUUCUUACUGAGGAACGACCACUCGGGACACUGGACACAUUGUGGGAUCUGUGUGACUUGAUUCAGGGUCUGUUGCAGAAAUCUAAGGAGCUGGCGCCUCGGGAAACAUCGAAAAGGUUUUUAUUUCAUUACACUAAGCAGAAUCCUGGAUUGCCUGACGGGACGUCCACUGUGUUCCACCCUCUCUUGCAGCUCAUACCGCAGCUCCACAGCAGAAGACGCAGAAGAGUAGUACCACAUGAGACCCCACGCACGAUCCAGAGCAGAGGAUAUUUCUUAUAUCGGCCACGUAAUGGGAGACGAUCAACAGAGUAUGUGUAAAGAGUAAAAAAAAAAAAAAAAAGACAGCCCUAAAACACAAGAAUAAAAAAGACACCUUCAUAGACAAAAUGAAAAGUGACCUCCUAUACACAUUCUCUUAAUCUAUAUAUUCUGGUGUGUUACUCUGAUGAGGCUAAACCAUUUUGUCUUUGUAUCACAACCUGUUGCUUUUCUCUCUGGAGCAGCUGAUCAGCCUUGAUGGAGCUCCAGAAGACCCAAUUCACUUGGGUCUAUCCUACCACCUGUCGUGGACGUAUCCACCUACCACCUGUCUAUGGUGUAUAGUUAUAUUAAAUGUAAAUAGAGAAUUCAAAUAAAAUCUAGAUUUUUGGGGGGUCAGGGGGGAUGACAGGCCCUAA